GAUGACUUGGUCUCAGUAGUCGUCGGGGAGGGCAAAGAAGUCUUCCGGAUUUACAGAGGCGUCCUGACUUACCACUCUUCUCACUUCGCUGCAGCAUUGAAUGGGAGCUUCAAAGAGAGUGAGACUGGAGUGGUGGCGCUGGGAGAGGAGGAUGUCGAAGUCUUCAAGGCGUUCUAUUCCUGGAUAUACAACCGACGUCUCCGUGACACCCCGGCUCCAUCACACAAUGACAAUUCAGGUGAAGCGGAAAAAAUGGCAGUAACAGCUUGGGAAGAACUUCUCUGCAAGAUCUUCGUUUUCGCUGAUAUGCGAGGCGUUCUUGCACUCAAAAACGACGCUAUCGACGCGCUUCAUGAAUCGAUUUCUUGCUCCUGGAUGUCAAUCGAGGGAAACAAUGUGCAGUACAUCUACAACAAUACCGUGGAGACUUCUCAGUUACGCCGCUUCGCCGUU